AUGGGCUUCAAGAUGGUGAACACCGACAUCUUUCAGAUCACCUCGCCAGCGGCGGAGGGCAUCUUGCGCGUCACCGUUUGGAGUGCCAACGACCUCCUGCCGAUGGACACCAGUUUCUUCGGCAAGGGUACCUCGGAUCCCUACGUGAAGGUCCGUUGCGGCGCCCACGUCUUGAAGUCGGAGACCUUUUGGAAGACCCUCUGCCCGCAGUUCGGCUUCAAAGCCUCCCUGCCGAUCUCCUCUCUGGCGGACCAGAACAUUUGGAUUGAAGUUUAUGACCAGGACUUUCUCACCCGGGAUGACUUCUUGGGCAAGGUAAGUCUGCCCGUGGACAUGUUAGCCACCUGGGGAAAGCAAAAGAAGGUGACGGUCCAACUGCGCGAUGAGAAGGGCCAGAAGGGGAAGAAUGGCAGCAUUUGCCUGAGCGCUGAGUGGCAACCGAUGUUGAACGAGAAUGCGGCUGUGCACAAUAGCGGCAUCAUCUCAGUUGGAGUGUACUGCGCCAUGAACGUGCCCAACCUGGGACCCUACGCCCGCUAUUGGCUGCGCUGCAGCUGUACGGAGCUGAUGCCCUGCAGCAGCAAAGAGCCACAGGACACGGACCAGGUUUAUGCCGCCCACAUUCACGAUCGAAACGAGGUGGAUGAUGGAGAUCUCCCGCUUUUGCACCGCUUGAAAGAAAAAGUGAAGCUUUUGCAAAAGAGAGGCUUGAGUCACAAGGAAAUGUGUGAGGUCUUGGAUCUGGACCCUGAGGAGACGGACUUCGAGAACUUGCAGAUCGACGAGCUCAAGGGCAUCCACGUGGCUCGCUGGCGCCGCUCCGUGGAGUUCCUGGCGCAAAAGGCGCACGCGGCGGAGAUCAAGUUCACGUUGAUGGCACAGGGCCAGAACCAGCCGAAGCCAAAGGAGUUGGGGAGUUUCACCCGUACGAUGUCCCAAGUGCUCGCUUCGGCAGAGAACCUCUUCUAUACAGAGACAGUCAAAUUGCCAUUGACUGAGAUUAUGGUGCACUUCAAGAUCCAGCUGCAAGACUUGGCGGAGUGUUCAGUUGCAGGAAAGCCUGAACGACAGACCACCUACCGGACCGAUGCCUUGGGCGAUACCCAUAGUGUGACCUCCUUGUGA